AUGGCCAUCGUAAGGAUAGCUCCCUCGCGGGCCCAACGCGCCGUGAACCUCCUCCGCACAAUCAACUCGGGCAGCUCCUCUUGCCCCUGCCAUUCCAACCCGGGAGCUCACAAUCACCACCAUGGCCACCAGAUUAACCCUUACGCAGGACGCGUGCGCUCGUUGGCGACGCCCGUGGAUCUAAGCCAGCAGAAGGAGUAUGCGUUCGAGAUGGCUGCUUCGAGUAUCCGAUUUGGACCUGGAUGUACCAAGGAAGUCGGGAUGGAUUUCACGAACUUGGGGGCGAAGAAAGUGAUGGUUGUGACGGAUUCGACGGUGGAGAAGCUGGAUGCUAUGAAGCAGGUGAUUCAGGGAUUGGAGACGGAGGGGAUUGCGUAUGAGGUUUUUAAUAAAGUCAAGGUUGAGCCGAAGGAUUACUCAAUACGAGAAGCAAUCGACGCCGCAAAGCCCUACGCCCCCGACGCCUUCCUCGCCGUCGGCGGCGGCAGCGUAAUCGACACGGCCAAACUAAUGAACCUCUACACGACCUUCCCGUCGGCCGAAUUCCUCGACUUCGUCAACGCGCCCCUAGGAAAAGGCCAACCCAUAACCUCCAAACUGAAGCCCCUCAUCGCCGUGCCCACCACCGCCGGAACCGGCUCCGAGACAACCGGCACCGCCAUCUUCGACCUCGUCUCCAAGAAAGCCAAAACGGGAAUCGCCCACCGAAACCUCAAGCCCACCCUCGGCAUCUGCGACCCCAUCAACACCCGCACCAUGCCCUCCGCCGUGCACGCCUCCUCAGGCCUCGAUGUCCUCUGCCACAGCUUGGAAUCCUGGACCGCGAUACCCUAUAACGAACGCAUCCCCCGUCCCACAAACCCGAUCAACCGCCCGGCAUACCAAGGCGCCAACCCCAUUUCCGACAUCUUCUCCCUGCAAGCCCUCCGCGACACAGUCAAGUACCUCCCCCGCGCCGUCAAAGACCCAGACGACUGGGAAGCGCAAUCCAAAAUGCUCCUCGCCGCAACCCUCGCCGGAGUCGGUUUCGGAAACGCAGGCGUCCAUCUUUGCCACGGAAUGUCCUAUCCGAUUUCUUCUCAAAACCCAGGAUAUCAGCAUGCGGGCUAUCAGGUCCAGACACCCAUCAUCCCCCACGGUGUCUCCGUCGCAGUCAGCGCUCCGGCGGUGUUCAAAUUCACCGGUGCGUCGAACCCAGAACGCCAUCUUGCCGCGGCGGAGUGCUUUGGGGUGGAUAUCUCGAAUGUGAAGAAGGAAAGCGCUGGAGAGGUCUUGUCUGAGGCUUUGGCCAAGUUCCUUGUUGAUCUGGGUGACCAGCCGAGAGGUUUGAAAGCUUUGGGCUUCAAGAGCAGCCACAUUGAUACGCUCGUCGAAGGAACGCUGCCACAGGCGAGAGUUUUGAUGUUGGCGCCAAAUCUCGACACGAAUGGCGGGCAGGAGGAGAGAACGCAGCUGAGGAAUCUGUUUGAGGACGCAAUGGAGUACUGA